AUGCCUCCCAUCUACGAUAAGCCGACGAGGGAGGAGUACGACUACAUCGUCAUUGGAGGUGGGAGUGGUGGAUCUGGUACCGCGAGGCGCGCGGCGUCGUAUGGAAAGACGGUUGCGCUGGUCGAGUUGACAUCGAAACCGGGUGGUACUUGUGUAAACGUUGGAUGUGUUCCCAAGAAAAUUAUGUGGCACGCCGCCGACCUCCAGGACAAGAUCUCGCACCACACGAAAGGGUACAAAUUCCACGGCGUCGAAAACGCCAAAUUCGAUUGGAAAUCCUUCAAGCCCCAACGCGAUGAAUACAUCAAGCGCCUGAACGGGAUCUACGCGAGCAAUUGGGAUCGCGAAGGCAUCGAGUUGCACCAAGGCUUUGGAUCGUUCAUUUCCCCAACGGAGGUGCAAGUCACCCUCCCGGACAACAAGGGCACAUAUACCCUCAAGUCCAAGAACAUCUGUGUCGCAGUCGGCGGGCACCCCAACAUACCUAGCGAGGAGGAAGUUCCGGGUGCGUCCCUCGGCAUCACCUCCGACGGGUUCUUCGAGCUCGCCGAGCAACCCAAGCGUGUCGCCCUCGUCGGUGCAGGGUACAUCGCCGUCGAGCUCGCGGGCAUCUUCAAUGCUCUCGGUACGGAGACGCACCUCCUCAUCCGCGGCGACGGUGUCCUGCGUACCUUCGACCCCGCGAUCCAGGAGACCAUCACGCCGUGGAUCGAGAAGACAGGCGUGAGGCUGCACAAGCAGAGACAUGUUACACGCAUUGAGCAGCCUGGAGGCAAAGGCACGCCGCUCGUUGUGCAUACGCAGGAGGGCGAGAAGCUCGAGGUGGACGUACUGCUGUGGGCGAUUGGACGCAAGGCUAGCACGGCGGGCAUGGGUCUCGAGAAGAUUGGGGUGCAGCUGGACGAUAGAGGCGAUGUCGUUGUGGAUGAAUACCAGAACUCGAACGUUCCUGGGAUUACGGCGAUCGGAGACGCACAAGGCAAAUGGCUGCUGACACCUGUGGCCGUUGCUGCUGGCAGGAGGCUGUCGAAUCGGCUGUUUGGGGGCGAGAAGUUCAAGGAGGACAAGUUGAGCUACGAAAACAUCCCAACUGUCGUCUUCUCGCAUCCUCCCAUCGGAACUGUCGGCAUGACUGAGCCCGAGGCGAGGGAGAAAUACGGAGACGACGCUGUCAAGAUCUACAAGACCUCCUUCCGUGCUCUCUACUUCUCGAUGAUCGAAGAAGAGCACAAGGAGCCUACAAUGUACAAGCUCGUUGUCGUAGGACCAGAAGAGCGCGUCGUCGGUGUACAUAUUCUUGGCCAAGGGAGCGACGAGGUCAUGCAAGGCUUCGGUGUUGCUGUUAAGAUGGGCGCCCGCAAGCAAGAUUUAGACGAUACUGUCGCUAUUCACCCUACAUCUGGAGAAGAACUUGUCACCCUGCGAUGA